AUGCGACAAUUUAUUCUUCCUAUCUACAAUUGCAGCCUGCUCAUUGUGUUCCGCCUGGCAGCACUCAGGUUGUUCCUCACAUGGAGGGUCCGACAUCCAAACCGCCACGCAAUGUGGCUAUGGGCGAUGUCAGUAACUUGCGAGCUCUGGUUUGCACUCUCAUGGAUUCUGGACCAGCUAUACAAGCUUUGCCUAGUCAACAGAGUUACUGAUCUCUCCGUCCUCAAAGAAAGAUUCGAGUCUCCGAAUCUCAGGAACCCAAAAGGAAGGUCUGAUCUCCCUGGAAUCGAAGUCUUCGUCUCCAUAGCCGACCCUGAAAAGGAAUCACCUUUAGUCACUUCAAACACAAUCCUUUCAAUUCUAGCAGUCGACUACCCAGUCGAAAAGCUGGCAUGCUAUCUCUCGGAUGAUGGUGGAUCCCUUUUAACCUUCGAAGCUUUAGCUGAGACUGCGAGCUUUGCCAGGACGUGGGUUCCAUUCUGUAGAAAGCACAAGAUUGAGCCGAGGAAUCCUGAGGCAUACUUUGGGCGUAAGCGGGAUUUAUUAAAGAACAAAGCGAGGCUUGAUUUCGUGAGGGAGAGGAGGAGGGUGAAGAGGGAAUAUGAUGAGUUUAAAGUGAGGAUCAACUCAUUGCCUGAGUCAAUUAGGAGGCGAUCAGAUGCUUAUAAUGCCAAUGAGGAGUUGAGGGCCAAGAAGAAGCAAAUGGAAAUUGGGGUUGGCAAUUCAGUUGCUGAUUCUGUGAAAGUGGCCAAGGCUACUUGGAUGUUUGAUGGGUCUCUCUGGCCUGGGACUUGGACUUCUGGAGAGGUUGACCAUUCUAGAGGAGACCAUGCUGGUAUCAUUCAGGCUAUGCUAGCUCCACCGAAUGCAGAACCUGUUUUCGGGUCAGAAGCAGAUGGAGAGAACUUGAUAGACACGACAGAGUUCGACAUCAGAUUGUCGAUGCUGGUCUACGUCUCCCGCGAGAAGAGGUCGGGUUAUGAUCAAAACAAGAAGGCAGGAGCCAUGAAUGCAUUGGUGAGAACAAGUGCAAUCAUGUCCAAUGGUCCAUUCAUCCUCAAUCUCGACUGUGAUCACUACGUCUACAACUCCUUAGCCCUACGAGAAGGCAUGUGCUUCAUGCUUGAUCGAGGUUGCAUUUUUAGGAAGAUCGCUCUUUAUAGGUUUUCUCCACCCAGGACUACUGAGCACCAUGGAUGGUUUGGGAGAAAGAAGAUCAAGUUGUUGUCAAGGAAACCCAAGUCUUUGAGGAGGAAGAAGAAAGAAGAGGAUGAUGAUGAGAUUUCUCUGCGAAUCAAUGAUGAUGGGAAUGAUGAUGGAGACGUUGAGUCAUUGCUAUUACCUAGAAGGACAAAACUGAGUGGGGAAAAAGAGUCAGGCUGGAUCUAUGGCUUGGUGACAGAAGAUGUGGUGACAGGUUACAGAAUGCGCAAUAGAGGGUGGAGGUCAAUCUACUGUGUGACGAAAAGGGAUGCAUUUAGAGGCACAACUCCAAUCAACUUGACAGACAGGCUGCAUCAGGUUCUUCGAUGGGCAACCGGUUCGGUCGAAAUUUCCUUCUCGAGGAACAAUGCAUUGUUUGCUUCACAUAGAAUGAAGUUCCUCCAGAGGGUUGCUUACUUCAAUGCUGGAAUGUACCCUUUCACGUCGUUCUUCCUCAUAGUCUACUGUGUUAUGCCAGCAUUGUCACUCUUCUCUGGCCAGUUCAUAGUGGCUUCCUUGAAUGUCACAUUCUUGAUCUACUUACUAGCGAUCACACUCACACUGUGCAUGCUGGCACUCUUGGAGAUCAAGUGGUCAGGGAUUACACUCCAUGAUUAG